AUGUGUGAAGAAGAUAAAUUGAAAUAUUCAACGGUGUCAAACAUUUCUAAAAGAUUUGAGAAACUUAACAGUGAAUAUUUAGAGAAAAAGCCAAAAAAAUUUGAAGCACCGGUGAGAAAAAUUGUUGUGUUAAGAUCGGAAAGUUUGCAUGAUCCGUCUUUGAGUAGUCAUCGAAAGGCAAGACAUCUUAAAGAUUUUCAAGUUCAAGAUUCUUACACAAGAAAAAGUUAUCAAGAGUCAAAGGAAACAUUAUAUAACAUUAAAAAUAAAAGUUCAACUAUGGACUUAUUAAGAUGUGUUCAAUACCAUGAGAGUAUGAAAACAGCUGACAAUGAUAAUCGACUAAACAGAAAAACUUUAUCGAGGUCAAAGUUUUACUAUGAACUUUCUCCUGAGAAUAAUGUUGAAGAUUAUGUUGAUGAAUCUGCACGUGUCAAGAAUCUUCAAGAAACGCCAAGUAAUUUAAAGAAUAAUCUUGAUCGUAGUUCUUUUUUGCGGUCGGACAUCAACAAUCUUGAUAAAAAUUUCGGAACUGAUUCAAAAGCAACAGUUGAGAGAAGUCUUCAAAAUCAGAUUCAUAUAAAACAAAUAAGAGAAGAUGAUGGUGAAAAGAUUUUAAGCUUAACGAAUACUUUGGAAGAAACUGAGCUACCAAGUUGGUAUCGAGAUAGAGAAAAAGUUCAAAGAGAAUCAACAAAUUGUCAAGUUGUAUCAAGAAAUAGUCAACAUUUUGAAAAUUCUUUAACAGAAAAAUCGCAGGUGACUUCUCCAAGAAACUCAUUAGAAAAAUGUGAAACGGAAGUUCAGGAAAAGGAUUUUAUGAAUAAUUUUUCUCAUUCCCAAGAUGAAAGAACUCAAAAAACUUUGAAUAAAGAAAGUUUUUUGAAAGAAAUUGUUUCCGCGCCCUUUUCAAGUGAACAUGAAAAGAUUAUUGAAGAUGUGACGAAGUUAAGUAAAAUUGAUAAAAUAAUUCAUGAAAUAUUAGAAAGCGAGAUUAAUUACAUUACACAGUUAGAGAAUGGAAUCAACAGUUAUUUCUAUCGUUACGACAAAGAAGAUCUGCCAAUCAAACUCAAAGGUCAGAAGAAACAUAUUUUUUCAAACAUCGUAGAUAUUCACAAAUUCCAUAAAUUUGAGCUUUUACCGAAACUUCGAUCAUGUGGAAAUGAUUAUGGAAAGAUUGCAAAUACUUUUGUGAAUCUAAUCGAGAGAAGGAAGUUCAAUUUAUAUGUUAUUUAUGUUCCAUGUUUAAAAAGAGCUCAAAGCAUAUGCAUUGAAAAUGAAGCUUUUUUUAAACAGCUUCAACGAGAUCGUCUUGGCAUUAAAAGUUUUAUUCUUCUGCCUGUUCAGAGACUAUCAAGGUACAAGCUGUUGUUUGGAAAACUUGCCGAAGCAUCCUUGGAGUAUAUUGAAAGUGAUAAGAAUUCUGUAGCUGCUUGUUGUCUUGCCGAGAAAAAACUUCAGAAAGUUCUCGAAUAUAGGCAAUCUUUCAUGGAAAUUCGAUUCAAGGGGGACAAAACAAUAUCAGUUUAUCAAGGUCAUCUUAUUGAGGUUAUCGAGCUUAUCGAGGUUCCACUGUAUUUGGAUAGAUAA